AUGGCUGUCGGACUAGAACCCGCGUGUGGCCGGAUGAUCGAGUCCGUUCCUCCUUUCCUCAUUGAUGCUGAACUACCUUACUUGACCAUGGUGCGUAUCUGGGCGUACUACGUUACGGUCGUCAGGAUCACCAGCAAUAAUGGCCGACUCACAAUCAUGUUGGCGCUGCCGGAACGUGUGGUAGUCGCCGUGGUUACAUUCACGGUGCGAAAGCUGUCUGAUCUUACUCUGGUACAAAAGGGGAGAAGAAUGACUCCCCCUCACACUUGCUUUAAACUUUUAUCUCACAAUCGUUUAUCACACCGUUCGUUCAACCGUGCUGAGCCUCAGCACUCCUCUAUAGAGACUGUAAUUCCUGUACAGGAGGAUGGUCUCGACUCGUUAGAUCAAACACGGGAUACCAGCGUGGAUGGGCUCAACCAAGGUCUUAAGCCUUCUGAAGAGCCCGAGAUCGAACCAGUGGACUGCACUCCGUCUGGCUGUGAACAUCUCUCCGAUGAGCACGCUACUUCAACGAUGCCAUCUUUUGAAGCUGGUGAUCUUUCGGUUGGAUCGCCACGACACGUCGUCAAGGAAGGUUACAUUAUACGACGGAGUGCGACCUCUUCCACAAGCGUCAGUAAGGAGCCAGCCAUGACUGUUUACCAGGCAGUCACCGUUCUACCACUAUCUACCCUUGCAUCUUCUAUUCUUACAUCUCCUACACUCGCAUCUCCUACACUCGCAUCUUCUACCCUUACAUCUUCUCACUCUACUACGCCAUCUGCCAACAGUGUUUAUCAAUGCGAUGGGGCCCUUUGUUCCCUGUCCACAACCACUCUUCAGACAUCUGGUCAGCAGUCCCCUUCUACGCUAAGCUCGGACACUAUAUACCCCGCAUCCUCGACUCUCAAUGAAGCUACAGUCUCCCCGAACCCUGAUACAUCCGCAACAACAACAGCAAUAACAACGAUAUCGCUUCAGCCUGCCCUGGCAUCUGGCACAGCUUCAUUGAGCAGCACUGUUGUGGCUUCGAGCGCAUCAGCCCAAUCAACAUCAGUGUCUGACACCAAUUCAGACCCUCAAUCACCUCCGCACACAGCUGCCAUCGUAGGAGGGGCUAUUGGAGCGGUCGCGCUUCUAGCUCUUCUAAUUUUUAUUGCGAUAUGCUAUCGCAGGAGAAGGCAACCUUCUGUGACACCUUUCAUCCUGCCCUCAACUGCAGCAGUAGCGCAGACCGUGUCAUCGGUCUCGCUCAGGGCCCAGAGCAUAGGCGAUGCCGUUCGUCCAGAUAACAGAAGUCUAUCGUCCGUUUAUUCAGACCCAUACCGCAUGGAGUAUCCCGGCAACAAACACUCGUCCUUUCUCAUAGAUUCCGUAUCAAAUCACUUGCCCGACAGCGAUAACGAGUUUCCAUCCGUCAUUGUCCUGCAUCAACAAUCCAACGGGCUGGAAAGACUGGACCUAUCUUCAUCUCGCGCCUGCACCUCCGAUCAUUAUUGUCAUUCCAGUGUAGAAAACUGGGUCCAGCAAGUUGUUAUGGAGGAUUGUUCGCGAGAAUCAAGCGAAGUGUUGCCGGCAUAUUGGUCAACGAAAUCUUUGAAGAAUGGGAAAACGAAGUCUUGGAAGAACGAGAAGAUAGGUCAUGAUGAUUAUGAUGUCCCAUCCAGUCCUUCCCCUCUCCUCCCAUGA